ACUGUUACUCCAUAUGUAGAAUUAAUUAAGCUAAUCAAACCCUCGUCAAACGCGGCCGUCUGAUUCGGUCUCCUUUCCUGCCGGGGUUCCUGUCUAAUUUACCUGCCCGUGGAUCCCCGACUACUUUUACUACUUCUCUGCCCUUCCCUCUUCUUUCUUUUUCUUCCUCUUCUUCUUCUUCCCUCCCAUCGUUCUCCUCGGCUUCAGAGUUCGUUCUGCCUCCACGCUCUUUCUGGUGUUCAUUCACUGUCGCUCUUUAAGCUUGUUUUUGUGUUUCGUGCGGAUUGAUUUCGUAUCACACUCUCUUUGCAGUCCCCCCAGGCAGACUCUUUCUCUCCAGUCUAUACUUCCUUUCUAGGCAUUGAUUGUCGUCAUCAUGCACUUCACCGCGAAGAUCUCCGUCGCCCUGCUGGCUGCUCUGGCUGCCGGCUCCGAGGCCAACAGCCAUGUGCGUCGCAACCUGCACCACCGUGCUUUGAACCAGCCCGGCUCCGUCUCGGCCGUGACCGUCUUCCCGACUCCCCCGGCUGCUGCUCCCACCGAGUCCGCCCCGGAGCAGCCCCCCGUGGCUGAGACCUCCAGCGCCCCCGCUGUCGAGACUCCCUCCGCUGUCGAGACCGCCGUCUCGCAGUCGACCGCCGUUGCUGCCGAGACGUCCGUGGCUGCCGAGACGUCCGCCGCCGCUGUGACCUCGUCCGCCGCUAUUCCCCCUCCCCCUCCCGCGGUGCCCACCUCGUCCGCCGUUGCCAUCCCCGGCACUUCCACCGCGGUCAUCUCUUCUGCUUCCUCGAGCUCCGCCAGCUCCUCCCACAUCGUGGUGCCUUACCCUUCGUCCUCGAAGGUUCCCUCCGGCGCUGAUGGCCAGGGCUCUUCCUCCAUCACCGCUGCUCCCAUCCCUCUGAGCACCGGCUCCACCGGCUCCGGCGCCAGCGACAUCUUCUCCGGAUCUGAGGAUGUGACUCUGACCUACACCCUGGGCACUGGCGUCUCCAAGUCCAUUGUCACCACCACCAUCCACAAGACCGCUACCAACUGGAACACCGUUUACGCCACCGCUAGCGCUGGUUCUUCUGGCUCUGGCUCCGGCUCCGGCUCCGACAAUGGAUCUAGCAACGGAUCUGGCAACGGCUCUGGAAGCGGCUCCGGCAGCGGCUCCGAGGAGGUCACCACUCUCUCCUCCACUUCUACUUCGACCGUCACCGUUAUUGCUGUUCCCUCUUCGACCGGUUCUCUCGGCCAGGAGCACAACAGCGAGAGCGGCCAGAACGGCAGUGGCAGCGGCAAUGGCAAUGGCAGCGGCUCGAACGGACAGUGCAGCCCUGCUACCGUUACCGUUACCGCCACUGACACCGUCACUGUGACUGCCGCCCCCGCUGCCACCAACAAGCCCGGUGAGAACCUCAUCAUCGAUGAGGACACCACCUCCGCCGAGAAGCCCUCGAAGACUGGCAAGCCUGGCCACGGUGCCGGUGAGGAGGCCACUGCCACUGGCAUCCCCGCCCCUACUGGACCCCCCUACGGCAACGGCAGCCACCCCAUCCACACCCCCAGCAGCAGCGCUAUCCCUACUCCCAGCAGCAGCGCCGUCCCCACGCCCUCCGGCUUCCUGACGAGCAGCAAGGCGGCCUUCCCCACCGGCUUCCGCCGCCGUCACCUCUAAAUCAGUCAAAACAUACGACUGGGGGGGCCGUCUGUAAUUAAGUUUCCUUGUGUUUCUUCUCCGCGGCGACAUGCGCGCAGGCAGUGUAUCUACGAGAGGGAUAUAUUCCUGAGUUUUUCUUAACAUUCUGGUACAAACUUCGUUUUUUUUCACCUCGAAAGAACCCUUUUCUUUCGAUCCAAAUCUUUAGACUUCUGCUUCUUCUGAACCGGUUUCGGUCUUCGGAUCGGUGGUUGCUCUUUUUUCACUUCUUCGGCUUGGAAACCAAGCAAUUCGAGCUUCUUGCUCUUUUUAGCAAACGAAGCUCCCUUUUCUUCUUUGACCUUGCUUAUCUUCGUUUGACUUUUCUUAUCCGCUCGUGCCUCGGAGAAGAGACCUGUCUUUGGAACCUUGGUAUAUCAGAUGGACGGCUGGGAACGACCGACAUGAUGUGCUAUGUUUCUUGCCAAUGUUCCGAUGUUAGGGGUUUGGACGAAGCGAAGUGCGGUCUGAUCUGUCCUUUCGGUGCCAAAAUUAUGAUGAUCACAUAGAUGAUAUGAAAACGAAUCUAUUCUAAACUUUUCAGUCUUUC